AUGGCUCAGGCGCUGACAACCACCAUCACAGUGGCGGACGUGACCUGCAACUCAAACGUCCCAAGCGCCUUCCUCCACCCUGCAGCCACUAAACCCACUUUACUGUCCUCUUUCCCGUUCAACUCUUUUCCCCGUAGAAAAUUCAAUGCCAAGCCCAUCUCAGCCGUGGCCACAACACCACCAGCCCAGAAGGAUUGGAGGCCAGAUAGCUGGAAAUCCAAAACAGCGUUUCAGCUCCCAGAAUAUCCGGAUAAAUCUGAUCUUGAAUCAGUUCUAAAGAUCCUUGAAUCCUUCCCUCCUAUAGUUUUUGCAGGGGAAGCUAGAAACCUCGAAGAAAAGCUCGGCCAGGCUGCACUUGGGAACGCUUUUUUAUUGCAGGGUGGUGAUUGCGCUGAGAGCUUUAAAGAAUUCAAUGCCAAUAAUAUUAGGGACACUUUCAGAGUCAUUCUGCAGAUGGGGGUUGUGCUCAUGUCUGGUGCAAAAGAGGACAUAUGCAUAUUUUUUAUUAAGAGCAAUUUCAAGGCUUCUUUUUAUGGACACCGGACUUAA